AUGGAGUUGUCCGCCGCGGUAGCUUCACGACCAGUUCUUGUGCGCUUUCACGGCGCCGCCUGUUCUUCCGAUUCCUCUCCAUCUCUUUCUACUCUAUAUCUCAGACCCAGAAAUUUUUCUGGGUUUCUGAGUUCUGGCAUUUCCGUCUCUGGUCAGUUGCAGGGUUAUGUUUCGCCCAGGGCAAUGGGAAAGGAGAGAGAGAAGAAGAAAGACAAGGAGAAGAAUUUCACAUUGAAGAAAUGGCUGGCCAAAGAUUUGGCUACGUUUUCUGACAUGGUUUCCGGCGUAGAGAAUGGGAAUUGUUCGGUGGAUGAAGAAGACGAAAGGAAGAUGAUGAAGGAAGCAACAGAGGUCCUGUUUGGAGAAUCUCGAGAGAUGAGAUCAGAGGGAAAGAAGCUGAAGAGGAAGAGAAAAGGAAAGGAGGCCCUAAUGAAGUUGAUGACAAUCAACUCUGAGUUUGAAUUAGACUCAUCAGAUUCAAGUGAAAACCCAAGCGAGGAGGCGAUCUACAUGAGCCUCUUAAGAGGUGAAACAAUAAAACAAUCAAAAGAUAAUUAUGAACCACAGCAGGCAGUUCACCAAGAAGCAAUAUCAGCUAAACCCGGCUUACCUACUCAAGAAGAGAAUAAGUCAGUGGAAUCUGGGAUUAGAGACCUCAAUCUGCAAAAUCUUGGAGGAGAAGGCAGUGGAAGUGAUGGUCAAAGUAUUACAAAUAGAGUUGGGGAAUCGAAAACAAGGAUUGAGGUUUGCAUGGGUGGCAAAUGUAGGAAAUUGGGAGCCGCCAUGCUGCUGGAAGAAUUUCAAAGGCAGGUUGGAACAAAAGCGGGUGUUGUCCCAUGCAAGUGCAUGGGAAGAUGCAGGGAUGGCCCUAAUGUAAAGGGUGUUGAGGAGGUAGGAUGGGGUUCCUGUAGCAAAUCCUCUUCACAUUGGUGUGGUGUGGGUUUGGAUGAGAUCAGCGUGAUUGUUGCAGAUUUAUUUGACGGUUGGAGCAACAAGCCUCAUGAUCAGGUGCCCCCUGCCUGAAAGGCCUUAGCUUGAGUUAUGUGAUCUACAUUUUUUUUUCCUUGUAAUUUACCUCUGUUUUCAACGGUAACGAAAGGCAAGAAAGAGUUCCAAGGAUUUGAA